AAACAAACUUUCGCCACAUAAAUUUAAAUGAAAUUCUCUGUGUACACGUGGCAAUCCGUCAAAAUUAGUUUUACUUUAUAAUAUAAAGUUUAUUAAGGUCCAUGUAACCAAAUAAUUAACAUUAUCAGCAGAAAUGGCAAUCGAGGCAUGGUUUAUGGAUGAAAAUUCAGAAGAUCAGCGGCUACCGCACCAGAAGAACCCACCGGAGUUUGUUUCAGUGGAGAAAUUAGCAGAACUCGGAGUUUUAUACUGGAAAUUGAACCCUAAUGAUUACGAGAACGAUGAAGAAUUGAAAAAAAUUCGUGAAAGUAGAGGCUACAGCUACAUGGACUUGCUGGAUUUAUGCCCUGAGAAAGUUGAUAACUAUGAGCAGAAGUUGAAAAAUUUCUACACGGAGCACAUACACGCAGAUGAGGAGAUACGUUACUGUCUGGAAGGGAGUGGAUAUUUUGAUGUGAGAGACAAGGAUGAUCGCUGGAUUCGCAUCUGGAUGAAGGCCGGUGAUAUGAUCGUCCUGCCUGCUGGGAUUUACCACCGGUUCACCCUAGAUACUGAUAACUAUGUCAAGUUAAUGAGGUUGUUUGUGGGAGAGCCGGUGUGGACGCCUUACAAUCGACCACAAGAAGAUCAUCCAGCAAGGAAGGUGUACAUCAAGAGUGUUACUGAAAGAGUAGGAGUGCCUCUUGCAGCACACUAAGACAUAUUUGAGCUCUGCAAACCUGAGAGUGAGGCAAAUUAUUAAAACUUGGGAAUAAGUUUUGCUGCAUAUUAAUUGUUGUAUGUUUGUAUAGAAUAUCUUCUAUAUAUCUGGAGACAAUGUAAUAAUCAAUAUUAAUCUAAUCUGAUGAAGAUAUAUCUGGACUUGGCCUAUGGUCUCUAGUUAGUGAA